GAAAAGCAACAAAAGCGUAAAAAACAAUAGGUAGGGGAGACGCACAAAGCGUAGCUGAAAAAUCACAGCGCAGUAUAAUCGCCAAAAAGAAAUCGUAUAGAUCAGAAAAGUGCCAAGAGGGUAUAUUGUCCGUGUUUUCCAGCUUAAGAGCUUAUUGAUUUAUCAAAAGUAGAAAAAGUAUAGCAUUUAAUUCACGUAAUCGCAUCUGGACAUUCCAAACAAUACACAAUUUUUACAAGAGAAAUGUCUGUUGAACAGAAGCGCGCCUACAAUAAAUUGAAGCACGACAUGGAACCGUGGCGUAAUCUCAUCGUACAACUGGAUUCGGUGUUGAGUUGGGAAAAGAAUUUUUACCCAGCAAUUAUAGCUGCCGCUAUUUCGACAUUCUACUUGCUGCUGUGGGCAUUGGAUAUGUCUACGGUGACAACUCUAGCCUUAGCGGGUUUAUUUGCGUUGGCAAUAGAUUUCCUUUAUCCAUCAGUAUCGCGUUUUCUCUUCAGCCCAGACAAUUGGAAUGGGAGCCAAGAAGAACAAUUUGAGCGAGUCUGUACGCAGUUGUGUAAUCUGAAAUCAACACUAAGCGGGUGGUAUGAAUACCUUUUUUCGGCUAAGGAGCGCAAGUCUACUUUGUUUGUCACUAUUAUGAGCGUUGCACUCUUGACACUUGCUUGGAUUGGCACCAUAAUAAAUAAUCUACUUCUCAUGUAUUUGAUCACCAUGGUGUUGGCUUUGUAUCCGGGCGUACAAGAAAAAGGCGUUUUCUAUAAAAUCAAGGAUUACUUUGGGUGUGCCGUGAACUCGAAACUACAGCAGCUUCGUGAAAAAAAUAAGAAAACUGACUAAAGAGUUGGUCGGACACGGAGAAUUUAGCGAAAGCGAAUUUAACUUUGCACGUGUCGGGAAGUCUUUUUUU